AGAGCGCGUCCUGCCCCUUGCUGACCUUUGGGGACUUGGGGAAGUGCGGGAUUGGUCCCCGGGAGCCGGGCUCUGCGUGCCUUGGCCUGGGUGGAAGAGCUCGGCAGCGCGCCAAGAAGCUGUUGCGCACAGACAGGACCUUCCUUGUCUCUGAUAGUGACACGGCGGGAGCCCAGCGCCUCGUGCGCCCCUGGCGCUGCCAGUGCGCCCAGAGCCAGCUCGGCGGCACCCGCUGGGAAGCCCAGGGCUCUAUGGGGCCUCCAUGAAGGCCCCCUUGCGGGCUGGCUCGAGGGGUCUCUGGAGCCACCAUGAUACAGGAUGCUUCUCUGGGUCCUCUGGGCCCUUCGCUCAGUGCUCUGCUCCUGGGCAGGCUUGCGACCAGUAUGGCCCCCACGCUGGAGGAGGCGUACCGGAGGCGCUGGUGGAUGGCGUGCACGGCCGUGCUGGAGAACCUCUUCUUUUCCGCGGUGCUCCUGGGCUGGAGCUCGCUGCUGAUGAUGCUGAAGAACGAGGGCUUCUAUUCCAGCAUGUGCUCAGCCGAGAACACCACCAACACCAGCCAGGAUGAGCAGCACCAGUGGCUGAGCUGUAACCAGCAGGAAGAGAUGCUCAACCUGGGCUUCACCAUCGGCUCCUUCGUGCUCAGUGCCACGACUCUGCCGCUGGGGAUCCUCAUGGACCGCUUCGGGCCCCGGCCCAUGCGGCUGAUUGGCAGCGCCUGCUUCGCUGCAUCCUGCACCCUCAUGGCCCUGGCCUCUUGGGAUACCAAAGUUCUGUCUCCGUUGAUAUUCCUGGCGCUGUCCCUGAAUGGUUUUGGUGGCAUCUGCUUAACAUUCUCUUCACUCACACUGCCCAACAUGUUUGGGAACCUGCGCUCCACUUUCAUGGCCCUCAUGAUCGGCUCCUAUGCCUCUUCUGCCAUCACGUACCCGGGAAUCAAGCUGAUCUAUGAUGCCGGCGUGUCCUUCAUGAUCAUCAUGUUCACCUGGUCAAGCCUGGCCUGCCUCAUCUUUCUGAACUGUGCCUUCAACUGGCCGAGUGAAGCCUUUCCCUCGCCGGAGGAAGUCAACUACAAGGAGAAGAUCAAGCUCAGAGGGCUGGCCCUGGAUCACAAGGUGACAGGUGACCGCUUCUACACUUAUGUGACCACCGUGGGCCAGCGGCUGAGCCAGAAGGCCCCCAGCCUGGAGGAGGGGGCAGACAUCUUCAUCUCGUCCCAGGACGUUCGUGACACCUCAGAAAAGUCUGCUGAGAAGUCUGUGCCCUUGCGCAAGAGCCUCUGCUCCCCCAUUUUCCUGUGGAGCCUCCUUACCAUGGGCGUGACCCAGCUGCGGAUCAUCUUCUACAUGGCCGCUAUGAACAAGAUGCUGGAGGACAUCGUGACCGGUGGCCAGGAGCAUGAGACAGACGACCUGAAACAAAGGGUGACAGAGACAGUUGAGCUCUACUCGUCCGUCUUUGGGGCCAUGCAGCUGUCGUGCCUUCUCACCUGCCCUCUCAUUGGCUACAUCAUGGACUGGCGGAUCAAGGACUGCGUGGACACCCCCACUGCUAGGGACGGGGUGGCCACCAAGUCCGUCAGACCACGCUACCGCAAGAUCCAAAAGCUCACCAAUGCCAUCAGCGCCUUCACCCUGACCAACCUUCUGCUCGUGGGUUUCGGCAUCACCUGCCUCAUCGACAGCUUACACCUCCAGUUUUUGACCUUUGUCCUGCACACCGUGGUCCGAGGCUUCUACCACUCGGCCUGUGGAGGCCUCUACGCAGCAGUGUACCCGUCCAACCACUUUGGGACACUGACGGGCCUGCAGUCCCUCAUCAGUGCUGUGUUUGCCCUGCUCCAGCAGCCGCUUUUCAUGGCCAUGGUGGGACCCUUGAAAGGAGAACCCUUCUGGGUGAAUCUGGGCCUCCUGCUGUUCUCACUCCUGGGAUUCCUGCUACCUUGCUACCUCUUCUACUAUCGCAGCCGGCUCCAGAGGGAGUAUAUCACCCACUGGGAGGGCCCCCUGAAGGUGCUUGUCAGCCCUGAGGUGACUGCCUAGGCCUCUGGGGGGCCUGGGUGACAGGCAGUCAAGGCCUGAAGCAGCCAAAGGGAAAGCCUCGUGGCUUUUCUACCUGUGACCUCCGCACAGAGCCAGGCGCCGGGGAUCUAUAAAUACCAAGAGAAGUUCUAUUUUUGUAGGGACUUGUUAAAAAGGAAAAAAACAAAAAAAUCCCCAAAGCAGUGCUCCAUGGACUGAAGAUGUCCCCCACGCUAGGAUCGGACCUUCUUGCUCCUGGGAUUGGAGGAGACCAGGGUGCAGCCCUGCCCUUUCUCCGGGCCCAGGGGUCUGCCUGCUGCUGCCUCCUGGGGGCUUGUGGGAUCAGUGAGCAGGCGACCGCUAAGAUCUCAGCCGUGCAGUGUCCAGAGUGUGCAGGCAUGUGGGUGUGCAUGUGGGUAUGAAACUCCCUGCCGCUCAGAGGAAAGGGGCCUGAGGUGCUGGCUGUGUCCUGAAUGCUGCCGCAUGGGCGGUAAGCCCCUUCCUGAGGCUGGAGGGUGGGUUCCCUCCCCGCUGCUGCUGCUUGCAGAUCUUAGAGGAAAUAAAAAGGGAAGUGAGAGACUGGCUGGUGUGUACCUGCCUGUGUCUUGGGGGAGGGAGGUGUCUUCCCACACUCCAUCCCUCGUCCUCAGCCAGGCUCAGCUGGGCAUUAAGUAGGACACCUGAAGUGCCAGCCUGUCCACCUGUGGCUGUCUGGCUCACCUCCCUGUUCUCAACCAUGCCCUGCCCUUAGUGUCUGCAGGGAGUCCAGAUCCUGCCCUCUUCUCCAGCCUGCCGCUUCUCAGGGUCUGGGGUACAUCCGGGAGGUUGGCCUUUCUCCCUACAGGGGAUAAGGGCAGGAUGCUUUGGAGAGAAUGCUAAGGAAUGCCUCUCAAACUUUCCUAUCCAGGGAUCCCUGGAGCGAGGUCUGUUGCGAGUAACGUUUUUUAUAGUGUUUUAUCGUAAAACUUCAUGCAAAUUUUGAGCUUCAUUUUAUGCUAUUUUCAUAUUUACUUUUAGCAAUAAAGUGAGGCUUUAAAAUUACCUGCAUCAAGGGAAGACC